AUAUCAGAGCGUCGGUAGACGCUCUAUAUAGGGAUGACACGAGUGAAAUCUCACGUGAUCCACGUACAAAACGCCUCAAAACUCAGCGACAAUGACUCACCAUGGCUUCAAAAUCACUAGCAAUAGUCUAGAGGCCAAUACCUAGCUAUACAUAUGCCCCAAGACUUCCUACGUGCCCUCAGUUCCCCACGAGAGAAUUCGCACUUACGCGAUUUCGCGAUUUUCGUGUCAUCAUAAUCAUCAUAUUCUUCUUCUUCUUCUUCUUCUUCAGACCCGCUAGCUCCUUACCGGAAGCAGUUGAAGCGUUGAUUUUUUCACAGAACGUCUCCAAAUUUGCCGGAGGUGUGCACGCAUAUCAAGCGAUCGCUUGUUUCUUGCCGCAAGUCACUACGGUAGAUCGUUGAGCUCUUCCACAGUAGUCACUGGACAACGCCAUUUGCUGCUAACUCAGCAUCAGUGAGCCGCAUGCGCCGAGGAGGGCGUUUCCCCAAUGCGGUGCGCGCGCAUAGUCUCGUCGUGCGUGAACCAGGUCUACGAGACUAAGCCAGGAUGCCUGCAGAGGAACUCUUAUCCUCCAGUGCCUUCUAUCACGGUCAAGGCCAGAGGCGAAGGCCUGGACCUCCCGAUCUUUGUCUCGCAAGAGACAAUCGAUCUCAGAAUCUGUACCACCAAUCGUCUCUAUCAGGACUCUGUCCAAGUCACUAACAGAGGAAACACGGCCCUCCGAGUGUCGUUCGUAUUGCCCCCCGAGCUGACCCCCCACCUCGAAAUUUCGCCCCCUCACAGCCUCAUCCAGGGGGCGUCUUCGUUCUCAGCCCAGCUCAAGUUCCUCCCACUCCCUGGGAUCUUUGCCGACUGUGACAAGUAUUUCGAGGGCGACUGUUUGAAGAUUCCAGCUGAAAUACGUGUCGUUGAUCAGGUUCUUCCAGUCCCCUACUCCAUCUGUGCCCGAGUGGCCACAUCUGACCUGGUGUUCAGUAGCAGUGACAUUGACUUUGGGACCUGCACACUCCACGAAUCAGUCGUCGCCACUCUGAGCAUCACCAACACCUCAAUUCUACCCCAGGAGUUUGGAUUUGUACAUCUCCCAGACUGUGUUGAUGUCCAGCCAAAUGAUGGAUUUGGGACCAUACUCCCUCAAGAGACUAUUUCACUUGAUCUCAUGUUCAGUGCCAACAAACCUCGAGACUACAGCUUUGAGCUGACCUGCCUUACCCACCUCAACAGGAGUUUCAAGAUCUCUUGUAAGGGAAGAGGAGCUCUGCCGUCACUCAAGCUGUCCGAGAACGUCGUGAAUUUCUCAGCAACUCCCCUCAACAGUCUGACCACUGCUCGCAUAUCCAUCACCAAUACCAGACUCGGUCGACUCAGCAGCGCCGUAAUCAGGGGGGCCGUUCUACCCCAGGGACCCAAGGUUUUUGAAUUUUCGGUCCACGAUGGGGUUCCAAUGGAAAUCUCUCCUCGUGUUGGCACAAUUGAUCUUGAUGAGAGUGUCUCCAUUGAGCUGUCCUACACUCCCUCUCUCCCUGUCACUGCCAUAAGAGAAGAGGCACUGAGACUAGCCACUGAGGCUGCAAGAAUCGGGGCCAGGGAAGAAGCUCUCGCUGCUCAGCAGAGAGACCAAGAGUCCGCCUCAACUCCUGAGCAAAAGAAGGGAAGUCGUGCAGCUAGUCGAGGUGAGAGCCAGAAGAAGAAGAGGAAGGGAAAAGGGGAGGCCUCCUCCAGUGGUCGAGAGAUUGAAGCUAGCGGCAGGAAGAGUGGUGGAGAUGGUGGAGGAACUGACAGAGAAAGAAGCUCCCAAAUCCAGCAAGGAAAGACUGAAGGUGCCAGAAGCGAUAAGGAUGAUUGCAGUGGUGAGGAAGGGGUUAAAGUCGACGCCCCCGAGGAAGGUUCCGAGACGUGGCGACAGGCCGUGGCAAACCUGCUAAACGGGUUUCAGAACUGGACUCACCAGUUUUCUGUCUCCUGCUUCAUAUCAUCAGCAGCACCAACAUCUGAACUCGACACCGUUCCAUACAGACCAGAGGAUACUCUGUACGUGGAGGUAAGGGUCCCUGUGGUGAAGCCGUCACUUCUGAUCCUCUCUAACGAUGGAAACAGUACUCUCGAUUUCGGCUCAGUUGCCACAGGUAAAUAUACCAAAACUAUUGGGGGAAAAUUCCUGAUUUCCUCCAAAUUUGUGAAGCGUGCUUACAUUACGUAUUCCUUUACUAUUUUGUACAUAAAACUCAAACUUACAACUUCCACUAGUAUUAUGUACACAUCGACCAACUCCCAGGUGAUUAUCUUACCAAACAUCUGACAGUGAAGAACAUUUCAGACAGCUCCAUUCAGCUGAUGUCUUCACCACUGGAUCCUGGCGGUCCGUUUGAUCUUCGGAAUGCCCUUCGCUCCGUCCCUCCCUCUUCCACCCACACCCUCUCUCUCAAGUUCUCUCCUAGUCAUGGAGGCCAAUUCUACGAGGUGAUGAGACUGUCCCACUCCGGGUCUGGUGGAACGGAUCUGAGACUCAUUGGAGAGGCCGUGGAGCCACGUGUGGUACUGGAACCUGACUCCGACAGAAUGGACUUUGGACACACAUACACGGGAGACACGAGUGUCAGGAAGUUCCAACUAAAAAACGCAUGUUCUUUGGGUGUGCGGUACAACAUUGAGCUUCUAGGACGAAACGAUGUGAAAGGAGCUAAAUUCAGAGCUGCAAAUUAUAGUGGGAAGCCUGUGUUUGACUGCGUUCCAUUCCAAGGAAGAAUAGAACCAGAAAGUGUGGCGGAGUUCCAAGUCAUUUUUUCCCCGGAUCAUCAGAGUGCUCACUACUCUGACACCCUCACAAUCAACAUCAAUGACUCGCCCACCCAUACUCUGACACUGGCUGGCCAAGCGUGCUCCUCCAUCCUGUACAUCACUGGCAGUGACAACCAGACAGAGGCAGAGUUCCACAGCAUGGCAGCUGGGAUGCCAUCCCUUGGACCCGACGGAGAACCGGUUGAGCCGGUAGAACCGGUUCUGGUCCUGUUUGACGAGAGAGCUGGUGAGGGUGGUGGGGACGUGGUGAAGAGGGAGCUGGAGAUUGGCUGUAUCAAGUCAGCCACAGUGAAGAAGAACACUGGCGAUUUCACGAUUGAAGCUAUACCACCUUCCAACCCUCACUCAAAGACAUUCACCUUUGAUCCAACUAAGGGAACAGUUGAGGCUAGCAGUACAAAGACAGUGGCCAUCAGUUUCCACCCUCCGCAGUCAGCAGUCAAAGACGGCAUCAUCCAGGCCAACACAAAUAUUAUCCUGAAAGGAGAUGUGACUCGAACAUGCAAGCUCCUGUUACGAGCCAUCACUGCAGAUUAGACAGUAUCACCAUUAUAUGCACGCCAAAGAUCACUUAAUUUAGUGUCAAUAUGCACACCAAAGAUUACGUAAUUUAGUGUCAAUAUAUACGCCAAAGAUCACGUAAUUUAGUGUCAAUAUGCACGUACUCCAAAGAUCGUGUACUUUUCUGAAUACCAAACGACGACUCUUUUAAAAAUUCAUAAUCAUGGCUAUUUACAAUUUUAACUCUAACCCUACACAACCAUCUCAUCUUAAAACAUGGGACUACUACAUAUUAUGUAUGCAAUGUGCGUCCGUCCAUACGCAGCUGUCGGAAUUCAAAUUCGAAAUUUUGAAUUUCA